AGGGAGAGAGUCUCCCAAUCCUGCCGCUGUCUCAGCAUCCAUCCUGAGAUGAUGUUCCGGAGAGGAGGGUCCCAAGUGGAGAAGCAAAAGCGGCACCAACCAAGAGAAGGAGGAUAUCGAGAGGAAUAAUCCACACUUCUUGUCUCCUAUCGCCUCCACUUGUCUGGGCUGAGGUGUGUGAAAGUUUCCAUUUGGGGAGGGACACCCCAUCCUCCUCCCUUUUUUUCCCCUUGCUGGUCGUGGGGGUGCAUCGCUGGCUGCAGCCGUGGGGAGGAAAAGAUCUUUAUUUUUUUGAAGUUCAGCAUCGAUUAGGUGGAAUAUAGACGGACGAAGCCCCCCCACCCCCGUUCCUUGUCUUUUUGUCUUUUUACCCCUGAGUCCACACGGAUUAGGCGUGAAGGACGCCGUACACCCCCCCCCCCUCCCCCAAGUAAGUUCUAAUCAGAAUUGGGUUCGGAUUCACUCAGAGACUUGAGGAGGAUUUUGCGUGUGUUGCGAGGGGGGACUACACGCUGCUGCUGGGCUGCAAGAUUCCAUCUGUUUGGGCAGCCAUAUUCACAUCGCUGCUUCUCCACCACGAAGAGCCUGGAGUCAAAAACCUGUGAAUAGCAUCGCACACAGUGGAGGAGAUCGUACGUCAACAUUUUUAACGGUCACCGGAAAGCCUCGCAGAUACAGAGUGAGAAUCGGGGAGACCACCCUGAAGAGCGGACCAUGGCUGAGGGGAUGAUUGCUUCUCAAAGUGAACCGUGACAGAAUGGUUGACUGUUUGAGCAAAGUCAUGCUGCACACGGUCAUCUCAUGCUGGCAGCCAGUCCUGGGGCUGGCCCUCAUGGCAGUCUUUGUGGGUUCCUCCCUGGGCUGCCCCUCCCGCUGCGAGUGUUCGGCGCAGACCAAGGCCGUUGUGUGUCACCGCAAGCGCAUGCCCAGCAUCCCAGACGGAAUCCCCGGAGAGACCAGGAUCCUGGACCUGAGUAAGAACAAGCUGACCAUGAUCAACCCGGAUGAUUUUGUGGCCUUCCCGGGUCUGGAGGAACUGGACCUGAGUGGGAAUAUAAUCAGUUAUGUUGAGCCAGGUGCCUUCAACGCCCUCUUCAGCAUGCACCUGCUCAGCUUGAAGAGCAACCGCAUCAAGCUCAUCCCUCUGGGCGUCUUUUCCGGCUUGACAAACCUGACUCGGUUGGAUAUCAGUGACAACAAGAUCGUCAUCCUCCUGGAUUACAUGUUCCAGGACUUGCACAAUCUCAAGUUCUUGGAGGUGGGUGACAAUGACCUUGUUUACAUUUCUCACAGGGCAUUCAGUGGACUUUUAAGCCUGGAGACGCUCACCCUGGAGAGGUGCAAUCUCACCGUCAUUCCCACUGAGGCCCUCUCUCAUCUUCACAACUUAGUCAGCCUCCACCUGCGAUACCUCAGCAUCAGCACUUUGCAUCCGUACUCCUUCAAAAAGUUGUUCCGUCUGCGUAAAUUAGAGAUAGACAACUGCCCCUCGUUGGAUCACGUGCCAGCCAACACCCUGCACGGCCUCAACCUGACCACUCUGUUCAUCACUAACACCAACUUGUCAUCCUUCCCGUAUCAAGCCUUGAAGCAUCUGCCCUACCUUACACACCUCAACCUGUCCUACAACCGCAUCCGCCAUAUCGAAGGCGGGAUGUUAAUGGAGUUGAUUCGGCUCAGAGAGUUUCACCUGGUUGGCUCUCAGCUCACCGUUAUCGAACCUUACGCUUUCCAGGGUCUUCGCGGGCUCAAAGUGCUCAAUGUGUCUCACAACCGGUUGGACACGCUGGAGAAAGGUGUUUUCCAGUCUCCGGAAGCUCUGGAGGUCCUCCUCAUUGACAACAACCCGCUUGUGUGCGACUGCCGCCUGAUGUGGAUCUUACAGAAAAGGCACUCCAUCUUGUUUGGGGACUCCCAACCUGAGUGCAACACACCCGAGGGUAUCCGAGGCAGGCCUUUCAGGGAGUUUCAGGAAAGCCUCCUGUCCUACUACGUGACCUGCACCAAGCCUAAAAUACGAGAGAACAAAACCCAAACCAUCACUGUAGACGAGGGCCAGCAAGCUCUGCUGCACUGCAGCGCUGAGGGGACCCCGAGGCCCACGGUGUCCUGGGUGUCCCCACGCCGCCGUGUCCUGACUGGGAGGAGCCACGGCAGGGUGACGGUCCACAACAACGGCACGCUAGAGAUCAAAUCGGCAGAGGUGCAAGACGGCGGCGUGUACCUUUGUCUUGCUUCAAACACCGCCGGGAAUGAUACCCUGAUGACAUCGUUGGCCGUCAAAAGCCUCGGAUCACUGUACGCAAACAGGACCCAGUAUUACACUGAUUCCAGUAACACCACUGCCAACGGGACCACCGGCGUCACCCUGGGUUUGGACCUUAAGACUAUUUUAGUGUCCACCGCUAUGGGUUGUUUCACUUUCCUGGGAAUGGUCUUGUUUUGCUUCCUGCUCCUGUUCGUCUGGAGCAGAGGCAAAGGCAAACAUAAAAACAACAUCGACGUUGAAUACGUGCCUCGCUCCAAGUCCAACGGCACCAACGUGGACUCCGCGGACAUUCAAGCUGGCCCUCACCGUUUCAACAUGAAAAUGAUGUGACUUGUUUUCUAAGUGUGGAUUUAUAGAAGUUGGAUUGUGGAAAUACCCAAAGUACAUUCUAUUUUUUGGCGAGUAGAACCACUGCGAAAGGACGAGUGGUAGCAAAGGACUUUGGGGUCUGGUAAAGACGAGCGGUACCUGAAAUCCGUGGAUAACGCUUGGAUACUAUGUUUCAAAGAGCAGUGGGACAUCGGAAUUGUCUGCAGGCAUCGAAUCUGGAUUCGGAGUGAACGAUUUCCAGGAAAUACAUGUCAUUUAUUUCCUUUUUGAAAUUUAUACACCCAAAAAGAAUGCCCUUCUAUUCUGAGUUAGAGCUUCGGACUCAGCUGAACCGUGUACAGUACCAAUUUGUAUCCAAGCUAAUAACCUUUGUUUGAGUCUUGCGCCAUGCUUCUUCACACAUCCAAUCGAUGAAAGCGACCAUCGUUUCCUAUGUUAAAUACCUUGCCUAUGUGUACCUAAUGCUUUGUUACGUACACCUACUGUAUGUACAUACUCAUUCAAAGAAAUGUUCAUAGCAAUAUUCAUGGGAUGCAUUAGCCAAAAUUGAUAUAACCCUAUACUGUAUGUUCAGCAAAAACAUCCUUCAGACUUUUGACGUUUCCAUGGAUUCAGGAAGGGCUUCUAUGGGUGAUUAUAUGCCCCUGCUCCCCCAAUUGACUCUCAAAUAAUAAUAAUAAUAAAUAUUAUUUAUCAAUGAAAGUCAAAGAGAAAAUUUUAUUUAUUAAUAAAGUUGAGCAAAAAUCUGUCCUCAACUGCUGUUGGGCAUCCAGGAUAACAGCUGGACCACAACAACCAUUUUGUCCUAUUUUUGUGUGUUUUUACUUGCUUUAAGUGUACCUUUGCCCCAAAAAACAUGCGUCGAUUUUUGCUACAGUGAUAUUUGCAUCGUUUUCUUUCCCCUGUAGAAAAUUUGGACUUUGCUGUGGUAGUUCCUCAUUUUGUUGUUGAAUCAUUUAGAUUGUGAAAACUAAAAAAAGAAAAAAAAGUUCAAAUAAAAAAAAGAUGUAUGUGAAAUAAAUGCAGAUGUAUUUGUACCAGUGACUCAACUUAAUUUUAUUUAUUGACCACUUCAGACAUCACUAAUGUAACCGUGUAAGCCAUCAAACAGGGUAUUGGGACACACAAGUCUAUAACGGGAACAUUUAACUGUAAGUCAGGGACUGUAUACAGCAGUUGGUAGCUGUAUUGGUAGUAUUUAAGCAUUAUAUUAUUUAAGCAUUAUAGCUCACCUCUUUUAGUUGUUUAUUGUCUGCCAAUGGCAGGACAACCCUCACAACACGUGUCUGUAUGUUGCUAGACAGCCAGCGAACCAAUGAAGAAAACUCCACAUACAAGGCUUGCUUUUCUUGCUUUAUGAAGCUUUCUUAUAAAAAAUAAGUGGUAACUGAAACAUACAGAAAAAAUAAAAUACAAUUCCAAUACUGCUCAUGUUGCAGGCUAAACACACAUCAGCUAACAGUUAGCUAACACACAUACACCAACUGCAAAUGCAAGCUAGCAGUAGCAUGAAGCUAGCGAACUUGACAAAACUAGUACAACUUUUGAAAAAGCAGAUGCAUCUAUUUAAGUAAGUGCUUUUAUACACCAAUAUACUUACAAAAAAGACGAUAAUUUCCCAAGAAACAAGCGUUUAGAGCAACUUUCAGCGUGUUUAUGAGGUUUCCCGUUUUUGUUUCCCGUUUUGUUGUCUAUAUGCGAGAGCACUCUCUCGUGGCCCAAAACGAUACCUUCUAGAAAAGAUGUCUCACUCUGUAAACUUUUAACCUUAACGUUUUUUACAACAUUUAUUGGAAAUUUUAGCUAUUUAUUACUUUCCUUUUAAACUAACUUAUGAAAGUUAUGAAUUAUUGUCAAAGUUUAGCUACUUACACUUGCUAUCGUUGAAUGUAUUGCCUAUUAUAACACAUCUUUUGUACGCAAAUACCAACAGUUCAGAGUGACGGCAAUGAGCGCCAGUGGUAUUGUAUAUUUUUGGUUUCAAAAAAUGUGAUUUGGAGGGAGCUGCAUAGAAUCUCUCCAAGUUAAAUGCACCCAUUUUCGCUGCAAUUGAGGCUUGUCAAAGUCCCCCCCAAAACGUCUUUGUCUGUGAUUUUAUAACAAGCUGCUGCCUACUGUAUAUUGACACAAAGAAAGACUCCUCCCCAGCAUGUGGUCUUCAUUCUUUACCAGAUCUACAUUUCAUCCUUGAAUCUUUGAAUCAGACAGACGAUGACAGCUGGGGUCUGUUGACAUUAUCCCAUGUAGAAACUGACUCGUUUUUUGGUCUUUGUGUUUCCAUGGUGACGGGCAGUGUAAUAUUUCAUGAUAUUCUCAUGAUAACUGGCUUUGUUUUGGCUUGAACUUAGAGAAGAUUGGAAGCAACUGAACAAAAGCAAAAAAAAAGUCCACUUCGGAUGCAUCAAUAUGUUUGUACCACACAUUUGCUUUCUUUAUUGGUUUAGUUUUUGAACCCUGUCCCCUCAGAACACAUCGAAAAAGGACCAUAUAAACCUGCAGAAACAGGCGGGAUCAAGUCUUGAGAAUAUGAGAGCCGGGAUUUGGAUGUGUGUGCUUUCAUUAGUGAGGGCUUUGCUUGUGUCUCAGCUCCCUGGCGACUGUCCCCUUCGCCAAAUGAGCUCCCGUGUGAGCCUGCACCAGCACCACGUCCAAAAACUGUCUGGCUGCAGGGCGAGGAGCCGAGCAUGCACCGCCAUUUGUCUUGUUGCUCAUUCAACGGUUUGUGGAUGUCAAGCUAGCAAUUUACCAAUAGUUCACUUUACAAUAAGGUACACAAAAAUAACCAAUGAAGAACUAAUGAGGACCUAAUGACGUAGGCCCAUAAAUUUAGACUAGUUACUGAGGAACUAAUGAAGAACUAAUGAGUCGUUGUUAAGCUUAUGUAGGCUCCUUUCUUAUUAGCUAUUGCCAUUUUGUGUACUUUAUUACAAAGUGUUACAACUGCAAAUAUUUUUUCCAUAAAAACACAGAUGAUGUGCCUGUGGAGUAAUCUGGGAACCACAGUUGCCAAAGAAAAAAACGAGACAAAAGAAAUCUAAUUUGUCUGCAUAACUGUUAAUGAUGAAUGUGGCUGCAAACUAAUGCAAAAACAUUAUCAGUCCCAAUAUUAUGCAAAACGGUCUUUUUAACGGUGUUCCAACAGUCAUGUAUGUCCCUAGAGCCUGUUUAUGAGCACCAAAUGUGAGAAAGCAUUUAUCAUUGCUGUCUCUUGUUUACUGUACUUUCGGGAGAAGAGGCGUUUAAAUGCUUGCUGUUGAACUUGCAGCUUUUUUAUGACGUAAUGAAGGAAAAUAGUCCUUCCUAGCUAGAUGAGCCCGCCCAACCAUCACUUUGUAGGCUUUGCUACUAAUCUUAAAAUAAUAUUGUUCAAUAUUGAACAAAGCAAAAUUUGUUCUCAAUCAGAAAUCACUCUAUAUUCUUUAUUGCUCUCUGCUUCUACCAUAUUUUACUUAUUGUGUGGAAAUAUGGGGUAAUAACUAUAAAAGCAAUCUUCACUCGCUAAAUGUACUGCAAAAAAAGGUCAGUAAGGAUAAUUCAUAAUGCCGCCUACAGAGAACAUACUAACUCCUUAUUUCUAAAAUCACAAAUACUUCAACUUGCUGAUAUAGUUCAUCUUCAAACAGCUAAAAUAAUGCAAAGGCUAAAAAUAAGCAAUUAGCUAAAAAUGUCAUCCAAUACUUCUCUACAAGAGAGGAGAAAUAUGAUCUCAGGGAAGAAGUACAUUUGAAACACUUCUAUGCUAGGACUACGUUAUGCUAGCCAUAGAAUUUCAGUAUGUGGAAUCAAACUAUGGAAUGGAUUGAGUAAGGAAAUCAAACAAUGCACAACGAUGAGCCAAUUCAAGAAACAAUACAAGCAGUUGAUGUUUGCUAAAUACAAGGAUGAAGAGUCUUGAACCAGUCAUGAUGUGCUAUACAUAUCACUAUAUUGACACUUACUAUGGUACCCAUUAUGGCAUUGCUCAUAUCACCUCCUACUUUGGUACGUGACAAAAUCAAAUAAAAAAACUAUAUUAUGAAAGCAGGAAGUGAACAAAUGUAACAGUUACUGAUUGUAAAAGUACCAGAUGGAGGGGUAGGAUUUAAUAAGCUUUGCUUCUUCCUACUCCUUUUGGACAUGUGGAACUGUGAACUGAUUAUGUGAUGCAUUCAAUUGUAAUCUGAUGCAUGUUCAAAUUACCAUUACCAUAAAAUAAAGCCCAGAGCGCUAUAAGCUAUCAGGUCGCUAACCUAGUUGUUUGCUGUUGGUAUGUGAAUGUAAAGUUAGCUUUGCUAGUGUUAUUAACAUUGUAUGUGAUGUACGGCAUUUGUUACGUGCACCCUAGUGCAACACUUUGUUGGAGACAUGCCGGGACAAACAAAGCUCAUUAACAUUAAAGCUACAGACACACAUAAAGGCAGACGUAUUCUCGGUAGGGCUGACGAGAAAAACUGUCUAAAUUCCAGCAUCAAAGCUCAUUUUUGGACUGCACACUUCCAAUGCACUCCUCGGGGACUUCUACAUAUUUUCCUCACUUUCAUCAACACUGAGUCCAAGUCCCUUUUGUCCCCAUAUCAACCGUCCUGGUGACUAAAUGACACUGAAUGUUGCAACAUGAGACUUUCUGUCAGCAUGUCGUUGUCCAAAUGCUUCGCCACCUGUGCUGCCAAGAUUGACUUGGCCUGAAGGUUCCAUCCGGCGUCCCGCUGCUCUUUUGUCAAGUAAAUGAAUAACACGGAAGAAUAAUGGCCGUGGUCUGCUGUGACUUACUGAGUGUAUGAAAUGAACUUAUUUGCUGUGCACUUGCGUGGAGAACCGGCUAAGUUGUUCUCGAUGGAGAAAGAGAGAGAAACGAUCAAAGCUGCACCCCUGGGCUUUGUUACAUAUCCAGUUAACUCGCAACGGACCUCCGCUUCCCUCUGCUGUCGUCGGCCCUCUUGGCAAAGAGCCGCACGAACUCGACUCGUGUCAUCAAACGCGAUCCGUCUUCAUUUGUGUAAACGUCAUGGCCUGUUGUCGACGCACGGCGAGUCCAAAAGGAGCAAGUGUGCUUUGCGUCACAGAUCGUCCGGCUCUCGCUUUGUUUUCAAGGUCUGUGCCAACAUGACUGGCCGUUCAGCCUUGUAUUUGUCACACUUGAAAAGUGGAGUCUAUUUUUCUGUGGAUGGAGCAUUCUGUUAUUCUUCACCUCAAUGUCAGCUUGUCUUUAUUGUUGAGUUUAAAGAGCACAACGUAACAUCUCGGAAAAAUUAUUCAUGACACAUUUGAUUCAACUGAAAACAAGAGAAAAAUAAAUUAAAUGGAAGGCAAUAAGUUGGUGUUUAAUUUACUGAAAGUUUCUAAUUCUACAAUUAAAUGAAAUUAAACGCAAUGAUUUUGCCGGCCUCCGUAUGUUGCCAUGUGCUUACGUGUCCAGGAAGGAGAAGUUCACUCUGUGCAUUAGUUCUGCACCUAGGCACUUCAAAGACCAAAGGUGUUCCAUAGAACAAUGGCCGAACAGAGUGAGACCUCCUGUCAGUCAAAUUGUCACUUUGUUUCUGUAGGGUUCCAUAGAACAAUGGCCAAACAGAGUGAGACCUCCUGUUAGUCAAAUUGUCACUUUGUUUCUGAAGGGUUCCAUAGAACAAUGGCCAAACAGAGUCAGACCUCUUGUUGGUCAUAGUGUCACUUUGUUUCUGUAGGGUUCUAUAGAACAUUGUCCGAACAGAGUGAGACCUCCUGUUAGUCAGUGUCAUUUUGUUUCUGUAGGAUUCCAUAGAACGGCCGAACAGAGUGAGACCUCUUGUUAGUCAGACUGCCACUUUGUUUCUGUAGGGUUCCACAGAACAAUGACCGAACAGAGUGAGACCUCUUGUUAGAGUGUCACUUUUCUUUCUGUAGGGUUCCAUAGAACAACGGACGAACAGAGUGAGACCUCCUGUUAGUCAAAGUGUAAUUUUGUUUCUGUAGGGUUCCAUAGAACGGCCAAACAGAGUGAGACUUCUUGUUAGUCCGAGUGUCACUUUUUUUUCCUGUAAGGUUCCAUAGAACAACGGCAGAACAGAAUGAGACCUCUUGUUAGUCAUUGUCACUUUGUUUCUGUAGGGUUCCAUAGAACAACAGCUGAACAGAGUGAGACCUCCUGUUAGUCAGAUUGUCACUUUUUUCUGUAGGGUUCCAUAGAACAACGGCCAAACAGAGUGAGACCUCCUGUUAGUCAGUGUCAUUUUGUUUCUGUAGGGUUCCAUAGAACAACGACCAAACAGAGUGAGACCUCUUGUUAGUCAGACUGCCACUUUGUUUCUGUACUCUGUACUCUUUUUCACACAGCAAAAGAGUGGUGUAGACAUAGCCCAUAUUAUAAAGAAUACAAGAUGGAUGGAACUCGGAAUAUGUAAAAUAAUGAAACCGCUGCGAUUGGCUGGCAACUAGUCCAGGGUGCUUACCCAGAGUCACGUGGAAUAGGCUCCAGCAUACCCCCACAUUCCAAUACAUUUGAGAAAUUUGAGAAAAGUGUUUGAAAAGCCGAAAGACUCAUUUUAUCUUGUCUUGGAAUCUCUGGUUUGAGUGCCGCCCUGUAGAGGUGAACAGUUUAGAUGUUGAUUAAAAUAAAAACAACUACCGUGCCAAAAAUAAUUAGUUCCUGUGGGAAAACAACGUGGCGAAAGGAUGCCCCACAUUUCCAGUGUCUCCCAGAUGGAUUGUUAUUGAACCUUGAGACCGGUGCGUGUAAUAUAAUGAUAGAUUGCAUGUUUUUUUAUGAACCGUAUUCGCGUGUUUUCCUCAAUUUGACCGGAGAGGCCUUUCAGUCUUUUGAGAGAUGGUCACCAGAGGCUAUGAGAGCCAGCGGCUAUUAAUGGUGGACAAUUAAUGCUGCUUUUAGAUUCCGGUGGACUUUCAUUCUUAUUAAUCCUCACAGUCUCAGCUGCAUUAAAAUUCCAAAGAUCCACUUAUUAUUUAAUUUCCUUUUCAUAACCAAGAUGAAUUAUGAGCUGAUAAAUCACACACUAAAAACAUAAUGCUCAUUUGUAAAACAGUUCUUUUUUCCCGGAUUGGAAAAACCAUCAAAUACUGUAAUUCAAAGAACGUUAUCAUGAAUGGAGGUGCUACUGAAUGGUUACAGCAUAUGUAAAUAUGUAAAUGUAUAUGAAACCCUAAAACCUUAUUGGAGGUGUUUUAAUAACGGGCAGAAUAGGUGUUUCCCGUUACAUGCAUUCAUGAGUUGUUUAUUUUUUUUAAUCAGUUUUUAUACAUUCACACAGAAAAAGAAAGAUGUUUUUUGGAGAUAAAAUUAUCCAUAACCGAAUAAGGCUCAUAUGGACCACUUCAUUAAAUAAUAAAUUUCACCUCCCCUUGCAUAUUCAUUAAUCUCCAUUUAUGAAAUUCCAAUUGAAGGUUUAAAAAAUGUGUUGAAAGUAACUCAGACAGAAUAGAAUCAUACUUUUUGGAAUUCCGGGCUAUGGAUAUCUCUUCUGAUGUCCUCCUGCAACCUCCUGAAGAAAAGAAGAGAGUCAGCCCCAAUGGGCUUUUCCACCUUUUAUGUGUGAUGACAACAGCUGAGAAUUGUCUUUCACUGAUGUGGCAGCCUUUCAUUAGCACCUUUUUCUGUACAGAAUAGAAGACGCACGGCCAGCACAGCACAUCCUAUCUUUGGCCUACUCACACCUUUCUGUUGCUCAUAUCAGACUGCUGAUUAUGUGAAUGUUCUAUAACUUUCUUUAACGAAAUGUUCAUCUACUCAGCUAAAAAUAAUAAUAAAACAGUAUUUCUAUUCUAUAAUUGCAACGUACUAAACUCCUUAUUUCUAAAAUCACAAAUACUUCAACCUGCUGAUAUAGUUCAUCUUCAAACAGCGAAAAUAAUGCAUAAGGCUAAAAAUAACCAAUUACCUAAAAAUGUCAUCCAAUACUUCUCUACAAGAGAGGUAUUUCCUAAUAACAAGAGGCUUUCCUAAUAUAAAAAUAUUAGGAAAGCAGGAAGUGAACAAAUGUAACAGGCGGGGUACACCCUGGACUGGUGGCUAGCCAAUCACAGGGCACAUAUAGACAAACCAUUCACACUCACAUUCAUUUUAUUGUAUAUAUAAAUAAAAUUAUAUUAAAAAAAAAACUAUAUUAGGAAAGCAGGAAGUGAACAAAUGUAACAGUUACUGAUUGUAAAAGUACCAGAUGGAGGGGUAGGAUUUAAUAGGCUUUGCUUCUUCCUACUCCUUUUGGACAUGUGGAACUGUGAACUGAUUAUGGGAUGCAUUCAAUUGUAAUCUGAUGCAUGUUAAAAUGAAAUAAAAACCAUUACCAUUACUAUUACCAUAAUUUGCUUGUGAUAAAUGUUUGCUAACAAAUUGAUAAAACAGUAUUUAUCUUGCAGUUUGUCUCUUAUAAGGAUUGUGGAUGAUGGCCCAAAUUCCAAAAAAGUGCAGUUUUCCUUUAAAGGUGAUUUAACAGUAAACCGUGAACUGGUAAGUAGCAUGUAGCUUAUGCAUGACUGGAAAAUAGUAACAGCGUUCGUAACAAUACUACUGGUCUUCCUCUUCUUCUUUCUCUUUGGGCUUUUCCCUUCAGGGGUCAAUCUCCUCCAUCCAACCCUGUCUUCUGUGUUCAUGUCGUCUUUCAGCUCUAAACGCAGCGUCCUUCUACCAAUAUAUUCAUUAACUCUCCUCUGGACAUGUCCAAACCAUCUCAGUUUGACCUUUCUGACUUUAUCUCCAAGGCCUCUAACAUGUAAUGUCCCUCUGAUGUACUCCUUCCUGAUUCUAUCCAUCCUGGUCACUCCCAAUGAGAACCUCUGCAUCCUCAUCUCUGCUACCUCCAGUUCUGCUUCCUGUCUUUUCUCCAGCGGCACUGUCUCCAGGCCAAACAACAUGGCUGGUCUCACCACACUGCUGGUAAGUAAUUGAAUUUUCCACAGUGCUCUCCCUUAGACAUCAAUACAACAGUAGCCGCCUACUUUGUUGUCAUGACCUUUACAUCAGGCCUCCUCGAAGGCCUUGAAAUGUUGUCACACAUGUUAGCGCUCAGGCCUCCAUUGUGGUGUCCAUGACACAGGUGGCACAUUCAAAGACUUUCUUCUUCCGGUUGGUAUUUGUGUUGUCAAGGCUGAGCAGUCCAUUCAUUGAAAAGACACUCCUACAUUUCCCUCAAGUAGCCAUUUUUCCAAUGCAGCACUUUAAAAAGAUGCGGGGGUUCUUGCCACUAUGAAGUCUGGCAGGAUGAACCGAGCCUUAAACUGAGCCUCUACUUAAUCUGCACCUGGGACAAACAAAAUGGGUUUUGUCGACAGAUUGUCUGCCAGCGUGUUUUUUUCUGCAAAUCUAUGGCAUCUAUCUCCUUCUGGGAACCAAACAACAAAAUAAGAGGUAAUUCUUUGGAGUUUCAGUUCUAAAGCUAAGCUGCUAACCAAAUACUGUAUGCGUACAUCAGAUGUCUCUUCUAAUGUCUUUUUUUUUUUAAUGAACCAACCAACCAAUCUGCAACAAUGCUACCUGAUUUAUAAAUUAAAAAAAAAUGAAAUGAAAAGAACAACAUUAGAUUAUCACCUGUUGUUAAACAAAAAAGCACAGCAACAUCACAAAGCUUUUAGUAGAAGCUUUUUAGGUGGUAAAACAGCAUUUAUUUGUGUUAUUUUAUUGCAAAACAAGACACUUCUAGCAUAUCUGGAAAUGUGUGAGUAAUAUUUGACAGGAAACAGCACAUUUUGCACAUAGCAUAUUUUGCAACAGCACAUAUCACUAUAUUGACACUUACUAUGGUACCCAUUAUGUCAUUGGAUGCUCAUAUCACCUCCUACUUUGGUACAUGAUAAAAAAUAAAAUAAAAUAAAAAAAAACUAUAUUAGGAAAGCAGGUAGUGAACAAAUGUAACUAUAGCCACGUUUACACGAGGAGAUUUUCCUCUUUCCGAAUGGAAUCUUUCCAAAUGACGCACCAGAAAACCGUGUAUACAUGGAAAGGAAUAUUCCAAUCUCCUGUCUACAUGCACCGCUAUAAUCAAACGGAAUAGUCAAUGGGGCAUGCGCAGUAAAACGUAAACAACAUCACGUGAUUCAUCAAAGAUGGCGGACGAGAGUGUGAUUACCACGGUUGUUGGGUUGGGACAGUUGCUACGCUUUUUUUUUUAAAGCAGCAACUUGAACGUUCAGUUCUUUUAAAGUUUGUAUCAAAAACGAAUUUUCCGCUGUAAUCCAGUGAUGACUGGUCGCCACCAUUUUCAAAACCUGAGAGAUGUUUGCGUGUUACAUCACAGCUGAGCAUGCUCUGAAAGAACGCAGUCUGACAACUUUCCGAUUGAGCGCGUACAAAAUACCUCAAUCAGAUUGGCGAAAGGAAUAUUCCACCCCUGGGAAUCCAAUUAUAUAUUCAUUCGGAUUGGCACUUUUCUUUCGGAAUGAGGUGUAUACAAAAGUUACAUUCUUUCCGUUUCCACAAAUAACCCGAAUGGAAUUGGAAUAUUUGGGUCCAUGUAUACAUGGCUAGUUAGUUAUUGUAAAAGUACCAGAUGGAGGGGUAGGAAUUUUUUAUACAACACCCAAUAUUGACAGUUACUAUGGUACCCAUUAUGUCAUUGUAUGGUCAUAUCACCUCGUACUUUGGUACGUGACAAAAAAUUAAAAAAUUUAAAAAAAAAUUUAAAAACCUAUAUUAGGAAAGCAGGAAGUGAACAAAUGUAACAGUUACUGAUUGUAAAAGUACCAGAUGGAGGGGUAGGAUUUAAUAAGCUUUGCUUCUUCCUACUCCUUUUGGACAUGUGGAACUGUGAACUGAUGAUGUGAUGCAUUCAAUUGUAAUCUGAUGCAUGUUCAAAUGAAAUUAAACCAUUACAUGUUGAAUAGCGAUAUAGCGUCCUGAAUGAGAAGUUUACAGCCAGUAGAAACAAGGAAGUGAUACUUACUCUAUUGAGAGCAUCAUUGUUUGUGGUGGAAAUCAUCUCAGCACAAACAUUAGCUUUGAUUUGUAGCUGGUUGAUGAUGGAGAUGAUAUUAAAAGUGCUUUGGUCCGCACAGGGCAUCAUUCAUGCUAGAACCGCCACUGGAUAUAGUGAUAACUAUCGAUUAUUAGACCUGCGAGGGCCACUAAUACACAUUGAAAGAGCUUCUCCGUGACACAAGAAAUAAAACUAGCUUGAGUUUUUACAAUGACGAAUUCAAACAACAAAUACCGGAUCCAUUUCUCACAAAAUGCCUUCACUUGCCAGCACAUUCUGAGCAAUGCUGUCAUGCAACAAACCUGAAAAAAAUGAAAAAUAAACCUCAACCUCCUCCUUUGCAAACAGACGCCAUUUCCCUUCCUGUUCUAAACACAAAUGUUUAUAGCGACGCUCCGCACCGCUUUGAAGACUUUAGCUUGCAUCCGACAGCUGUCACUUCCCGCUACUGUGAACGUGCACGCGUGAUCGGCACUCGUGUACUGUCGUCAGGUUUGAUCAGCUCCCUGACAACUUCACCCGCGUAUGUGACAAAGUACAACACUAAAUAGGUCAUUGUGGCACGUUUCCAGCAAAGCUUUUAGAUGAACCCGCAGCUUCUGUGGCUCCUUGUCGCUCAUUAGAUGACAUCAAGUGGCUGCAGUCACUCGUUUUUUUUAAAGUAUUUUGCGUUUUUUUUGCAGCUGGCAUAAAAAAAGAUGACAAACACAUUUUAGUUCAAUCAUAUAUGGUUUAGUGUGUGUCACAUUGCAAACAUUGUUGUGUUAAACAAUGCCAAAGCAUUAGAUAAUGAGGUUAAAUGUUCUAUGGACUAGUUCUGGACUGGUUCUAUCUGGACUUCCUGGUAUGGGCUCAGGAAACAUGGACAUACGUAUCUGAAAGCCCUCGGGAGCGCUUGGGCUUGUGACCAAUCACAGCGGAGUGGUCGUACCUGUGUGUACACGUAUACAGUCAUGGAAAAAAAUGAUUCAACCACUUUGUUUCUUCAGUUUCUCAGUUGCUCAUUUUGAUGCCUGGUACAACUAAAGGUACAAAUAUAAAUAUAUAUUUUUGUAAAUACAGUGUUAUAGCUAUUCAUGUAAGAAUUUACAUAUUUAUAUAUUAUUAUAAAAAUAAUUAUAUAUUUAUGUUAUCACCAUUAUAUCUGUCCAAACAAAUGUACCUUGAGUUGUAUCAGGCAUUGAGGGAACAAACUGUAAAUACAGCGUUAUAGCUAUUAAUGUAAGAAUUUAUAUUUUUAUAUAUUUUUAUAUAUUUUUAUAUUUUUUUAUAUAUUUUUAUAUUUAUGUUUUCACCAUUAUAUCUGUCCAAACAAAUGUACCUUGAGU